AUGGCAUCCAGACCAGAAGACAAGUGGGGCAGCCACGACUACGCCAAAACCCACGGCGUGACGGGCCCCCCAGCAAUCGAAAUGGUCGAGAAAGCCCACCAGAUCUCACCCCUGGACAGUCCAUCUGCUCAUGUCCUGGAACUGGGAUGCGGCGCAGGUGUCUUGACCGCAGAACUGGCCCGCCGCUUUCCCGACACCCCUAUACUCGCAACAGAUCAAAGUCAAGGAAUGCUGAAGAAAGUGGACGAACAGAAGCUAGGAAAAGUAGAAACGAUGGAGCUGGACGCCAUGGACCUCAAACCCGCCGAGGGCAGAGGCCAAUUCACACACAUCCUAUCAACCGCAACGAUCCAAUUCUGCAGCGACCCUCUCAAAGCAAUUCAAGAAGGCCACCGCCUCCUCUCAAAAUCAAAGCUGCAAGCCAAAGACCCAACCCAAAAAUUCGUCUACGGAGUCGGCAGCUGGAACAAACCCGACGUCGAACUCUUCUACCAAGCCGUAUACGAAGAACUCGGAGUCCCCGGGAAAUUUCAAACCCUCUUUAAUCCAGAACACUGGCCCACGGACGCGUCCCCCGUGGAAAAGAUCCUCCGAGACGCAGGUUUCAAGGACGUGGUAACAAAGCAAGUCAUCAUGAAUGAUGGAAGGACAGAGAAAGAGUCAGAGUACUGGCAUUGGGAAUUCGAGAAUCCGGGAUUGGCAGGGAUGAGGAAGAAUGCGAUGGAGCAGUUCGGGGUGGAGAAGUGUAGGGAUGCAGCGAGGAAGGUGUAUGCACGAGGGAGGGAAGGGAAAGGAACGCUUGGAAAGGGGCCAGAGGACUUGAAGUUGGGUCAACUGCUCGCGUUGGGUUGUCUCUGA